AUGGCCGUACCUCCGCUCUUCUCCGCCGGCACAGGCAUGCAGCGCUCGCCCCUGCUCCACCCGCGCAUGCGCGCGUCGGCCCGUGCGCGGCUCCGCUCGGCUGCCGGUUCCCGCAAGCCGGCCCGCUCCCUCCCUCCGCGCGCCCGCGCUGGCCGCCUUCCGCGCUCAGCUGCGUCGCGGUCGUCGCCCGCCCGCAGCGCCCGGACCAGCCCAGGCAACCCCGUCAACGCGUCCGCGCAUCAGCGCGCUGCCUCGCCCUCCCGCGCGCCGUGGCCUGCUGCGCGCGUGUGCACUGCUCCCCCGAGCACCGCCUGCUCUCUACUCGGGCCGACCGCGCUGGCACCCUGGCCGCACCGACGGCGCGCCCGCUCCGCUCCGCGAGAACUCUGCGCUGGGCCGGCUUCGUAUGCCUCGGCGCCCGAGCUCUUCUCCGCCCGCACCCGGCCGUCUCGCUGGCUCCAUGCUCCCCAGCACCCGAUCUCGCUGGCUCCGUGCUCCCCAGCACCCGACCCCGACCGGCCUGGCCGCCACCCCGUGGCCGCGCGCUCGGGACGCCCGUCGCCGCCCCCGCCGGUUCCCGCUCCACCAACUCGAGCUGCUCCUCCUCGCACGCGACCCAGCCCGCGUGCUCGAACACCCCGCCGACUGCAACUCACCGCGCUGCACGCCGGACGGACGCACCUCCGCCUGCUGAUACGCGCGUGUCGCCGCCUGCUCCGCCCCGCGUGA